AUGACUGGCGCAAUUGGAAUUGAUUUUGGUACAAGUUACUCACGUGUUGGCUUCUUUCGUAACGGAAAAUUAGAAAUAUUCACAAAUGAACUGGGACGAUUUUCAACACCAUCUUAUGUAGCCUUUACUGAUAGAGAAAUAUUCGUUGGCGAUGAAGCAAAAAAUAAAAUAAAAAUGAAUUUAAAUAAUACCGUAUUUAAUAUGAAACGAUUAGUUGGAAAAAAAUUUGAUAAAAUAAACAUGUUAGAUUUUCCAUUUACGUUAACUAAUGUUAAUAAUAAACCGAAAUUUCAAGUAACAUAUAAAAAUGAACAGAAAAUAUUUUCUGUUGAAGAACUAUGCUCAAUGAUCAUAGUAAAAAUGAGACAAAUAGCUGAACGACAUUUAGGCAGAAAAGUAAUAGACGCUGUCAUCAGUGUACCAUCCUAUUACAAUUUUAUCGAACGUCAAUCGAUUAAGGAUGCUGGAACGAUAGCUGGAUUGAACAUACUGAGAGUGAUAAAUGACACAUCAGCCUCAGCCCUAUCAUAUGGUUUAGAAAAGGUACAAGGUGAACAAAAUAUUUUAAUAUUUGAUCUAGGAGGUGGUAACUUAAGCACUAGUGUCCUGAAAAUAGAAGACGGUUUAUAUGAAGUUUUGUCGAUGGCUGGUAAUCUUCAUUUAGGCGGUGAAGAUUUUACAGAUCGAAUGGUUAGUUAUUUUGUAAAAAAAUUGCAGAAGAAAAUAUCGAGAAAUAUUACCGACGAUAAACGUACGGUACAACUGUUACGUGUAGCAUGUGAAAAUGCAAAGCAAACAUUAUCAUCGUCAAACGUAGCAACAAUCGAAAUGGACUUGUUAUUUAACCAUAAUACUCCGUUUGAUUCAACAAUAACACGAGAGAAAUUUGAAGAACUAAACGCUGAUUUAUUUUGUUCUAUUCUUGAACCGGUCGAACGAGCGUUGCACGAUUCAAAGUUAGAUAAAGCAUCUAUUAAUGAAAUUGUCUUAGUUGGCGGGUCAACUCGAAUCCCAAAAGUUCAAGAAAUAUUAGAAAAAUUUUUUAAUGGAAAGAAACUGAAUCAAUCAGUUAAUCCCAAUGAAUCGACUGCUUGUGGUGCUGCUAUUCAAGCAGCUAUUUUAACUGAUGAUUAUUCAAGAAGUAUUCUGAACCAUUUAUUAUUAGACGUACAAGUAUUUACGUUGGGAAUAGAAGUAACGGAGGGAAUUAUGGCGCCAAUAAUAAGGCGGAAUAGGACAACUACUGCAAAGCAAACACAAAUAUUCACAAUUUCCAAAAAUUAUCAAUCAGUUGCAAUUAAGCGCGGUCUAGAAAUCAAAAUAUUCGAAGGUGAGCAUCCAAUGACAAAAGAUAAUUGUUUAUUGGAAACUAUUGAACUAAUGGACGGUCCACACUUGAAUGGUGCAACAGGUUUAUCUCAAUUGAGUAGAUCAGCAUCAAAUAAAGAUCCUCAAAUAGAAGUAACUAUUGACACUGACAAUAACGGCACAUUGAAUGUACAGGUCCUUGAUAAAACAACUGGCCAAGAAUAUCUUGUCCCAGUGACUAAUGCUAAAAAUUGUUUAUCAAAAAAUGAAAUAAAACAAAUGAAAACAGAUUGUGAAAAAUAUCGAAAAGAAGCGGAUGAAAAAUAUGAUCGACUUCAAGCAAAAAAUUUAUUGGAAUCAUAUUGUUUUAAUCUAAAAACACUGAUAACAGAAAAUACACUUCUACAUAAAAUUGAACAAACAUUACAAUGGUUAGAAACAACAAGUGAGGAAGAUGAAAAAAACGAAUAUUCUUUAAAACAUGGUGAAAUCGAAAAAAUGCUACAUUUGGCCGAUGAUGAUCGAAGUAAGGCAUACUCACAAUUUCUUGUUUUUUCCGGCCCCAGUACGACUCAGAAUAUUGAAUAG